AUGAGGGGUGGUUAUUGUGAAAAUGCGCCCCCAUCGAUCAAUUCGGCAAUCCUCAAUAUUACGGUUGCUGUUAGCUAUCACAAUGCGACCAUCACUUGCGAAAAAGCACCUCAUGUCUCUCAAGCUACCAGUGAAGUACGCCAUGAAACAUUAUGCGAUUCGGAUGCCGUGGGACGUGUUGUGGACUGGUUGGAUAUGGAUUCGAGCCCAGGUCAGAGGAGGCAAGUAGAUACCAGGGACAUAGAAACCUCGGCGAGGGAGAAUUCACGAGUCAUGGUAGACUCGCCUCCCAUUUGGACUAGCGCUGUAAUCCCAGGGAAAGAACGUUUCUUACCCUCUGGGUAUCGCACUGAUGAUCAGGACCAUGGGCCGUGGAGAGAUUCUUACCGGUCUGAGAAAAAGGAAGUCGAAUCAAAUAGCAUGCAUAAGACCGAUUCAGUAGGAAUGAGCUACAGAGGUGGUCACCCCCAACUCCCCGAACACCUAUAUGAUGACCAUCAUUUUGAUUCAGCUCGGCACCUGGAAUUUCAAAAGUAUUUGAUUCAUGUAGCUGAUGAAGGAUUGGCACUGUCCCAGCAUCACCAUUAUGGACCUUGGAGCCAUUACACUUCUCCAAUCCAUAACUGGCAUUCUCCGCCCGAAUCCUUAAGUAAUAUCCCUGCAUACUUGGAACACCAUUGGCGGUACUUGAAUUAUUACUGGUGGUACUUGAACUAUUUUUCUCAAAAGUUGAACCUUCCUGCGCUCAGGUUGAACAAUCCUCCAGGGAGUGGAGCUCCUUUCAACGAGUUGAAUAAGGGGAACAAUGCGAAAAAUAAAGAAAAGCAGAAUCUCUCGGGGACUGGGGUUUAUUUCAACGAGCGGCAGAGGGGAAACAAAGAGAAAAAUCAAGGGCCCAGAGAACCUUUAGUGAAUGGGGUUAAUCUCAACGAGGUUAAAGAAGGAACCAACGAGAAAAAUAAAGAAGUGAACAUUCCUUCAGAGACUGGUAUUUAUCUCAACAUGGGGAAAAAAGGAGACAACAAGAAAAAUAAAGAGGUUGCCAAUCCUUUUGGAACUGGGGUUUAUCUCAAUGAUUUCAAGAAAGGAAACAAUGAGAAAAAUAAACAAAUGAAGAAUCCUCCAGGGACUGAAGUUUUUCUCAACAUGUGGAAAAAAGGCAACAAUGAGAAAAAUAAAGAGAUGUACAGUCCUUUAGGGACUGGAGUUUAUCUCAACAAGUGGAGAAAAGGAAAGAACCAAAAAAAUAUAGAAAAUAAGGGGGCAGUGGAAGGUAUUUAA